AUGGAUCUGGAAGACACAGACGUGCAGCGUACGUGGCGCCCUGGAGGGCUGGCAACGCGCCAGAAGCAGAGGGGCCAGAGGGGAGUAAAUCAGGACGGUACUGUGCACCGUGCACUGCAGUCAUUGUGGGAGAAGCUUGCUCCCGAAGUGCAGAAGGAGUUGGCAAGCGCAGGGGUAAAGCCCCCGGAACCUCCCAAGGAAGAUGAUUUGCUCGCCUUGCUGCGCUCUCACGAGGCUGCCCUCCCACAGGAGGUUAAGGACAAAUUGCAUGAAGCAGAGCCCAAAGAGACUCCCCAGGAGGCAGCUGUGUGUGCAUCCAGGGAGUAUAAGACGAGCACGCUGCGGUUGCGUGAUCUGGGGCAUAAGAAAGUGCAGCUUCAGUCUUGCAUUGAUGACACGAAGAUGAAGCUACGCAAGCAAUUGGAGUCCAUGAAAGAGUUGCUUUCCCAGAUUUCUGAAGCCCAGGCUGAAGUUGCCAAGGUCUCGGAGCAGUUUAAGCAGGCUGUUUUGACGGAUCCAUCUGAGGAAGCAACCGCUGAGGAUACCACUCUGUUGCAGCUGAUUGCUGAUGCUGGCAUCAAUUUGACCCAAGAGCAGAUUGAUAAGCUGAAGUCUGUAGAGGAAGGUCAUGCCAUUAAGAAGCGCAAACACGAUGCAAAGAGUCCUGACGGGCUCGCGUCAGCUCCGCCCGGCUUGGGGCAGGUGGCUUCACAAGUCCCGGCAGGCGGUCAGCAGCAGAUGCAGGCGUAG